AUGUCGAUGGCUGUAGAGACCUUUGGCUUCUUCGUGGCAGUCCUGGGGCUGGUGAUGCUGGGGGUGACCCUGCCAUACAGCUACUGGCGAGUGUCCACCGUGCAUGGGAAUGUCAUCACCACCAACACCAUCUUCGAGAACCUCUGGCACAGCUGUGCUACCGACUCCCUUGGAGUCUACAACUGCUGGGAGUUCCCGUCCAUGCUGGCCCUCUCUGGGUAUAUCCAGGCCUGCCGGGCACUCAUGAUCACCGCCAUUCUCCUGGGCUCCCUGGGCCUGUUCCUGGCCAUAGGGGGGCUACGCUGCACGAACCUGGGGGGCCUGGUGCUCUCCAAGAAAGCCAAGCUGGCUGCUGCCGCAGGAGCCCUGCACAUACUCAGUGGUAUCUGUGGGAUGGUGGCCAUCUCCUGGUACGCCUUCAACAUCACCCGUGACUUCUUUGACCCCAUGUACCCUGGAACCAAGUAUGAGCUGGGCCCUGCCCUCUACCUGGGCUGGAGUGCCUCCCUGCUCUGCAUCUUGGGUGGCACCUGCCUCUGCUCAAGCUGCUGUUGUCCUCCUGAGGAUGACUCCGCCACCAGUGCUCGGCUGCCCUACAAGGUCUCCGGGUCCGUGUUGCAGUCCCCAAGCCUCGCUACCCGCUUGCCCCACGUGGCCUCUGAUGAAGAUGACACCAGCUUUGAGCAGUAUGGGAAAAAUGCCUAUGUGUAA